AAGCUCCAACACUCUUGCCUUAUAUUUUUAUCACGAAAAGUACUGCUUUACAUGUGACGCGGAGCUGGAACAACCCGAUCCGAAGCUGGUUUCAGCAUCUGCUUUUCAUCACAUUCAUUUUAUCCCUUUUUACGUGGCAUUUAGAAUUUCUUGAUAUUUGAGCCAAAGGUAUGCAUUCUCCGUGAUAUCAAAGUACAUUUGGGAGGAUCUCAACUUACUACCUUCCCGCAAAACCAUCCUUGACACAGUACGCUCAAUUGCGAGCUAUUCUUUCACUACAAAUAUUUGUCCCAACUGAUCAGAUUCAUCAUGCAAUCUCUCAAGGAUCUUAAAGCAGGGAAAUGCAAAGGAACAAAACGCCUGAAGUUAUCAUGUGGCCUCACCGAGUUGCCCCGGGAGAUAUUGGACCUCUAUGAUACACUGGAGAUCCUUGAUCUAUCCAACAACCCUCUCUCCAGACUCCCCAAAGAUAUCCACCGACUCCAUAAACUUAAGGUUGCAUUCUUUUCCGACUGCCGUUUCACCAUCUUCCCUAAAGAAUUGGCUCAAUGUCGUUCCCUUGAAAUGAUUGCCUUCAAGAACAAUGGAAUGACUACAGUCCCUGAAGGAGCCUUUCCACGCAAGUUACGGUGGUUGAUCCUUACCAAUAACAGGAUUGAAUCACUACCCAAGAGUAUUGGACAAUGCCAUAGACUCCAAAAAUGCAUGCUAGCAGGGAAUCGACUAACCAUUCUCCCUGAUGAGAUGUCUCACUGCAGGAAGUUGGGCUUACUGAGACUGUCAGCUAACAACAUCGCUCAAUUACCCACUUGGUUGCUUAGCCUUCCCGAGCUAUCAUUUCUUUCGUUCUCUGGAAACCCCUGCACCCCAUCAAAUGAAGAUAAUCCGAUAUUGGAUGACAUUGCGUGGUCAGACUUGGAAGUUCAUCAGCUUCUGGGAGAAGGAGCUUCGGGUAUAAUUUCAAAGGGCAUGUGGAAAUCACCAACUGCCAAAAAGGAUGUGGCUAUCAAAUUAUUCAAGGGAGAAGUGACUAGUGAUGGUGUACCGGCAGACGAAAUGAAUGCAUGUAUUGCCGCAGGUCGUCACCCAAAUCUCAUUGAUCCAAUCGGCAAAAUUCAUGGUCAUCCAGAAAAGCGAGGAUUGGUACUCGAACUCAUUCCUCCUCAUUAUACCAAUCUGGGUCUUCCACCAACUCUUGAAAGCUGCACCCGCGAUGCAUUUCAUCCGGAGACUGUCUUCUCAAUCGAGAAGUGUCGCGCGAUUUUAAUCUCUAUUGCAUCAGCGAGCAUGCAUCUCCAUGAGAGAGGCAUCACUCACGGAGAUUUAUACGCGCAUAAUAUCUUAAUCGAUAAAUCGGGCUAUGCCCUUCUUGGAGAUUUCGGUGCAGCAACAAUUUACAAGAAAGAUUAUGAACAUUCAGAAGCAAUUGAGAAGAUGGAAGUUUUCGCAUUUGGCCAUUUGAUUGAAGAUAUGUUGGGCUUAGUCGCGCGAAAUGUUGUUGCCGGGCAGGAUCUCGGUGUUUGGGAUGAAAAAGAAGGGUACGCGAUUGAGGAGUUAAACCAGUUGCAUUACAAGUGUACCAAUCCUAUUGUUAUGGAUAGACCAUUAUUUUCUGAAAUUUAUUUGGAGUUAUGCGCCUGAUUGGAUAUGGUAUAGAGUUUGGUUAACUUGGGUGGGGGAUCUCUAUAUUAACAAAUUUCAUGUUUAGAAAGUAAAUAAACUAGAGAGAAGAUAGACUAUGGAUACAAGGUAGAAGAUAUUAUGCGCAAGGUAUCAUAUUUUAUCAGUUUUUUCCUCAACC